UGCGUGUUGCAUCUACCUGAGAAUGCACUUUGAGUUACUGUGCAGCCGCUUCCAGAAGGUUGUCACAAAUUCUAAGAAGGAGACAGAGGAACGACUUCGGGCAUGCAUCUUACAACAUCAGGAGCUUAUUGCAUUAGUUGAGCUGAUGGAACAAUUAUAUUCUAAGUCUUUUCUAUUCAAUAUAAUGCUAAGUUCAGUAUUAAUAUGUUUAGGUGGAUUUAACAUCGUGUUCAGUAAACAGUUUGGCCCAAUAUUCGCGUUUGUGAAUUUCCUGGUAAUGUGCCUGUAUCAGAUAUUUAUGAUCUGCUACUUUGGGGACAUGGUGGUGAUAUCGAGUUCACAAGUAGGUGACGCGAUUUUCAACAGUAAAUGGUACAACGCCGAACUUAAAAUUAAGAAAAGUCUAUACAUUGUACUUUUAAGGUCCCAAAAACCGUGUACGCUGACGGCAGCCAAAUUUGCAACUCUUAAUCUGAGAGCUUUCACAACGAUUCUGAGCACAGCCUGGUCGUAUUUCGCUCUUUUAAAAACACUGUAUAACCCAUCGUGA